GCGGGCGGUCCCGGCUGCUCCUGCAGGGGUGGAGGGGAAGCCUGAGCUGUGCUUUUCAGGCACUGCGUCGUGUUGAAGACCUCGGUGUGUCUUAGAAGAGAGCAUGCCUGAUGGGCUCGUGCGUGAGGACGGGUAUGGCAUAGGAUGCUGCCUUUCCCAGGUGGAUUAGAGGUUAGUUGUUAGUCCAUGCGUUGGCUGUGGUUUAAUGCUCUGUACAACCUCAAGAAACUGGGUCAGGAAAGCUUUUGGCAGCUUUUGAAGUCCUGCAUCUUCCUGAUGGUCACAGUUGUAUCCUGUCAUAGAUCUGUAAGUCUCUUUUUCUGUGCCUUUUGCUGCUUUGAAAUACAUUAACCCCAUGGGACAGACCUUCCCAGGCCUUCCCAGAAAUUGCUCUGUCUUGUUACCUGGUUGAAAAAUGGCUUUAACUAUGUUGUCUACCUUCUCCUCAGUCUCCCUGCAGGUACUGCAGAAAAUAGGAGCUGAUUUGUCUUAGCUGUUGUGUGCUACCAGUGUGUCAUGUAAAAAGCAUCCCACCCAUGUGCAUGGGACCCUUCAGAACCUGUUGUUGAAUUCAGUUGUUGUCCUAGUUGCCUGCAUGACAUCCAGCCAAUGGGCUACCAAGCUUUGCUUUGCAAGUUCCUCUCUGUGUCCAGACCUUUCAGGGUUUUCACAUCCUGUGGUGACUUGAGGCCUCUCUUCCCUGCCAAACUGAGUGGGAAACAUUUGUGGACCAACUCUUACUCUAGCUUUUUUUCUCUUGAAACCCACAGGGAUAGUAGUUGCAGCUUCUUCACAGGGUGCAGUUGUCUGGUACUCAUCAAAAUCCCUGACUCUGUUGGUUUGUGGCGAGAAGGAUCCCUUUGCACAAAUGUCUGAAGACUGGCAGAAUUCAUCCAGUUUUCUGGAAACUGAUACUGCUGAUGAUUUCCAGCACUUCUUCACUGACUCCUGCCCCAUCUGCAGUGGUUGUAAAGAACAGGCUAGCAUUACCUUUGUUAUACUGUGAGCUAACACAAUCAGUUUGUUGACACAUAUGGACAGGUUUUCUUUGUGGCAUCUGCUCCCUGCUUAGGGAGCAAGUCUUGGAAAUCCUCCUCCUGGGAUACCAGAGUUGUAUGCUCUGAGAUGAGAGCACUGUCAGGCAUUCAGAGACUGCAUACACAAAGGUCAAACUGGAACCAAAAUUCUGUGUACUUGCUCUUGCGGUUGUAUAUGGCAUGAUACUGAUUUAAGAAGAGAAACAGAACGCUCUUUAUUGCCUGUGGAAGGAGAAGCAAGAUUUAUGGGCUUUGAAAAGAUCUACUGUAGUUUUCUGCCACUUAAUGCUAACAGGAAACAAACAAACAAACAAAACCAACUCGUCUGCUUGAAGAGACUCUGUUGUAAUGUAUCCAGUGGCUGUUCCUGCACCUGGAGGUGAAGGAAAUAAUGGACAACAUGGGAAACUUAUUUUUUCCCUUUUUGUUUUUGGAGCUGUGUUGCUCUGUGCUGGAUUCCUGCUUUCAGUCUUUAUUCUCCAGUCAUGCCCAUCUGGAACCUUCAGUGACUGUAACGAGGUCCUUAAGGCUGCUGGGCCUGUGCUGGCUGUAACUGGACUGGUUUGUGUUUUACUUGCACGAUCAAGGGCCAGGCUGUAUAUAAGACAAAGACAAUUGCAAAAUGAGCAGGUGUACAGCCUUGUUUUUUGUCGUGGGAGCUGUCAGUUUGCCCAGUUUCUCAUAUUUGGAUUCCUGUUUUUAACUAGUGGAAUGCUAAUUAGCAUCCUGGGCAUUUGGGUUCCUGGCUGCAGCCCCGGCUGGCACAGCAUACAGCUCAAUCAGACCGGCACUUCUGAUGUGAAUCUCCAGGGCUGUGGAUUUCUCUCGCUCCAAAUCAUGGGACCUUUGAUUGUGCUCACUGGGUUGUGUUUCUUCGUGAUAGCUCAUGUUAAAAAGAAACAAAACUUAAAUCUCAACCAAGAAUCUUUCGAAAGUGAAGAACAUCCUCAGAGCCCUGAAUCUUUUCAGGUUACAGUAGGUGAUGCUGUCAUGGUAUUCCCACCUCCACCACCUCCUUAUUUUGCUGAUGCUGUUUCACCAACCAUGACACGUUGUCUCAUGUCAAGUGAUUUGCCUAGAAGUGAAAGUCCUCCACCGUACCACUCUAUCUUCAGCAAUGGAGCACAGCUUACAGAUGAUGAAAGAAUAGUUGCUGUCAGAGGCUAUGAAACCAUAUAUACAAUUUCUAGAAGCAGCUCACCUUCAGAUAUUUUGCCAGUGCUGUACCUCUCUGAAUCACCUCCAAAAUACGAAGAAAAAGCAUCAAUAGCAAAUAAUGAAUAUUCUCCAUCUUCAUCUUCUUCAUCUAUUUCUUUAGCCACAUCUGACACCAGCUCAUAGAGGACUGUUGGUUAGACUUCAUUUUUAAAUUGAAUUGUACAUUCAGAUACACAAUGUUUGAAUUUAUUUAUUUUAUAAUAAAAGCAAUAAUGUUGA